AUCCAGCUUGAACAAACCUGUAAAUUUUAUCGACUUGAUGAAUCACCACUAUCUAGAAUCACCCCUCCCAAUCCCUUAUAUAUAUUGCUUCUCAGUUGUCAAUUUGUCAUUGCCUCAUGCAACUAUUCACAUUCUGCUUAAAGAUUGAAUUUUUACUCUGUUGAACGGCAAAGAAACAUGUCAAACCAAGCUGAAGAUUCGUCGGAAUACUUGUUGGAUGAUAUUGAUGACGCUGAAGAGAAUGACAACAAGUUUGAUGCCGGGAGCUGCAGCGAUGUAGACGAUGCCGAUGGUGAUGCUGAUGUCAAAAGUUCUUCGCCCUUCACUUCUCAGCAAUGGCCUCGAAGUUAUAUGGAGACAGCUGACGCUUACUCAAUUUCCGUAUCCCCAAGUUUUGGCACCUUGAAGCAUCGUUCGAGCUCUAGAUAUUCGUUUUCUGAAGUGAACAACAAUGACUUCAUGCAGUCUGAUGCAAGAAGAAGUUUGCUAUCAAAAGAAGAAUCAGUUGAUGAGAAAUACGACCCAGAGAGCAUCUCUGUGGCAGGGUUAUCAUUGUCACAAAGGGCUUCAUUGUACGAGCAACUUACUGGAGAGCUUCCGAUCGGUCGGGGGUGCAGCUUUUCUCAGACUAUCUUUAAUGGGGUAAAUGUUCUGGCUGGGGUUGGACUACUCUCGACUCCGUACACAGUGAGAGAAGCCGGCUGGAGUAGCUUGCUAGUCCUGGCCCUCUUUGCUGUUAUCUGUUGUUAUACAGCUUCUCUUAUGAGAUGCUGCUUUGAGAGCAGGGAAGGCAUCAUAAGUUACCCAGAUAUCGGAGAAGCAGCAUUUGGCAAAUAUGGGCGGCUUUUCAUCUCGAUCGUGCUGUAUGCUGAACUAUAUUCAUAUUGUAUAGAGUUUAUCAUUUUAGAAGGAGACAACAUAACCAGCAUAUUUCCUGGAGCAAGUUUGCAGUUGGGAAGCCUUAAUCUCGACUCAGUUCACUUGUUUGGUAUUGUUUCAGCUCUUAUCGUUCUGCCAACUGUUUGGUUGAGGGAUCUUCGAGUGAUAUCAGUUCUUUCAGCUUGUGGUGUUCUUGCAACUGUAGUCAUUGUUGUCUGCUUGGUUUUCCUUGGAAGUUUUGGUGGUAUUGGCUUUGAUCAUACUGGAGAACUGGUGAAUUUGAAAGGGAUCCCGUUUGCAAUUGGUGUGUAUGGAUUCUGCUACUCGGGGCACUCCGUAUUCCCAAAUAUAUAUCAAUCAAUGGCUGACAAAACAAAGUUCACAAAAGCACUAAUAAUAUGCUUUCUGAUAUGCUUUCUGCUAUACGGUGGUGUUGCUGUUGUGGGUUAUCUUAUGUUCGGACAGAGCACACUGUCUCAGAUAACUCUCAACAUGCCACCUGAUUCAAUCCUUUCAAAAAUUGCAAUAUGGACAACGAUCAUAAACCCUUUUACCAAAUACGCCUUGUUGAUGAAUCCUUUGGCGAGAGGCAUAGAGGAGCUGCUUCCCCCGAGGAUCUCUGACAGUUACUGGUUCUAUAUUCUUCUGAGAACAGUACUCGUCCUCUCCACUGUUUGCUUCGCCUUCGUUCUUCCUUUCUUUGGUCUUGUGAUGGCUUUAAUUGGCUCUCUCCUCAGCAUACUUGUGGCGGUUAUAAUGCCAGCUUUAUGCUUCGUGAAAAUAAUGGGGAAGAAAGCGACGAGAGCACAGGUGAUAACGAGCUUGAGCAUAGUGGUAUUCGGUGUGAUAAGUGCAACUCUUGGGACAUAUUCUUCUCUAGCAGGAAUUGCAGAUAAUUAUUAAUUGAAGCUUGCUUGCUGCCCAGAUGCAUUAUACUAGUAUUUUAGUAGUUUCUUGUCACAAUCCCAUUGAGGAUUGACUUUGGUAUACUAGUUUGAGAUAAUAAUUUUCACAAGCACAUAUAAUGCUGUGUAUUUUUACAAGCACAUAUAGUGCCGUGUUGCAUCAAGAACAGAGAUAGAUGGGGGCCUAUGGUGUGAUUUUUGCAGCACACACAGACAUAUAUAUGCACUAAUAAAUGUUUACUUAUGUA